GUUUAGGCUCCUCCAGAACCUACUUUUAGAACUACAUAUAAAUGAAAUGCAAAAAAAGUUUUUACUAGUUUUUACAUAAACCAGUUAUUACUGUUUUUUUCUUCAUAUUUUUGAUCAAAUAAAUGCAGCCUUGGCGAGCAUAAGAAUAAAUUAAAGAGUAAGAAUAAGAGUAAAUUACAAUAUAAUAUUGCUGGAUGCAACAUUUACUUCAAUCAAUGAUUUUUGGCCCUUCAAAGGUUUGGGCACUUGAGGUCUGACUAAACCUGUGACAAAUGAUUUAAUUUGAAGUUUCUAAGAAUACACAAACCCCUCUUGACUUUUGUAACUUCAUACAAGCAAUCUAGAGGAGUGCACUCCAAAAAAACAGCAAGGUUAUGUACCUUAAAAGCACCAAAGGCACUGAAAUGUUAAGUGCUUCACUUUUGCAAUAAGUCAGUAAACCCUCCUCUGAGCAACCUCUCUUUUUCAAUCACCUUCUCUGAGGCCCCCUGGGAAGUCUAAUAGUCGGCAUUAUCAAACCACAUAAUCAAACAAACAAGGGAAACAUCACGAUUAUGUACUGGGCCCUCUGCUAACGCCCCCUUUCCUCUGUAGUUUCUCUUUCAUUCUGUCUCUGUGCAGGCAGAACAAGAACACUGAUUACUUCUCUCAGCUGGGGGAAUGCAGGACUAAAGCUCAUAGCUGCUGCAUUAAUCAAAGUCCUGUAUGGAUUUCUCUCAAAACCGCAGGCCUACACAUUUGCAGGGUGCUGCUUUGGGCAAGUGCGUACUGUGAGCAUAGGAGCUUUUUUGUUGGCAGUGUUGAUGGUCCUGCUCUAUUAUGAUCUUACAUAUCCUCUUUCACAGUAUUAUUCACCAGUAUUUAAUGUGUUUGCAAAUCCUUGUUUUUUUAGUAUCAUUGAGAUACUACUAUAGUUUUUAUUAAUAUUUUGAAUUAGUUUUUAUUUUUAUAUUCUCCAUUUUCAUUUUAAAGUUUUAGUAAUUUUGAUGUGUUUUUGUCGUUUUUAUACAUUCUUUUUUAAAAAAUAUAUAGAUUUUAUUAAUUUUCAUUUCAGCAAUUAGAGUUGUGAGGCUGGAUCUAAUCGACAAAUCAACAAAAUCACAAACACACAGAAGAACAGGAUAAACGUAGUAGUAGCAACCAACUUAACAUUGACGUGAACUGGCCCCGUUUACACUAGUGCGUUUUUGUUCUAAAACGGUGUUUUAAAAUGAAAACGAUCCUCAUCUACACUGGUGUUUCUACAACGUUUCAGAAACAAUCUCCGUCUACACUACAUGACCGAAAACGCAUGUCACAUGACCGUUCAUGCACACUGGGCAUGCGCAUACAAGUGUAAAGUUGUAGGCAGCUGCCGUAUUAAAAAAAAUGCAGUUUAACUGCACAAUGGCUGCUAAAAAUGACAACAAAGCCAGCAAAGACUGCAGUUCAUUCUCCAAGUUAUUGUUUACUUGAUCGUCAAGGAUAUGCAGAGCGAAGGUGGGCAGCCAUGCCAUCGUUUUCAAAAGUCUCAGUUUUGGUCCGUUUACACUGAAACGCAACCCCGGCAUUUUCAAAAUAAAACAGGGUCUGCAGCGUUUUCAAAAGUCUCCUUAUUCGAGGUUCGAAAAUGUCAGCGUAGUGUAAACGACUGGCAUAACCAUAGCAAAACUUAUGCGUUUUAAAAUGAAAAUGCACUAGUGUAAACGGGGCCUAAGAAGAGAACGGACCAAGAACUGCUCAAUCUGAGGGCUAAAUAUAUACACACAGACUUACAAAAGGACUAAACAAGGAUCAGGUGUGACAAAUCAUUUAAUUAAUGAGUUGCCAGGACAACAAAAAAGAAUUUUCUAGAAACCAAGGAAAAAAAAAAAGGAAACACUGAUCUACAAAUUAACACUGUCGCUGUGUCCAAAAUCGAAUACUUCCCUACUAUGUACAGUAGUCAACAUUUGAAGUGGAUCAAAAAAGUUCAUUAAAGUUGUCCUAAGAACUAAGUUGUCCUAAGAAGAAGGUUUUAGGACAACUUUGAUGAAAGGUUUUGAUCCACUUCAAAUGUUGAGUACUGUAGUAUGUGAAGAACAGUAUGCCAAAAGAGUAGCAUGUCCUAAUAGAUAUUAUUCUAAAAAUAGUAGGUAAAGCGAAUUGUGUAGCGAACAGUAGGUAGAGCGAAUGUGUCCACACCAGACACGAGCGGUGUGAUGUGACACAACAAAAGCAAAUAGAACCCAUUAUAAUCAGCUGAUGCUGUCUACACUGGAUGCGGCGCGACACGACGCAACAAAUAUCCAACAGUAAACUGAUGCCCUGUUCUAUUUCUGACACACUUCAAGUGCUCGCGCUACUUCUGACACAAAGAACAAAUGUAUUUGCAGGGGUCGCUUUGUCGCAUCCAGUGUAAACAGCCUCAAGCUGUCACAUCUGGUGAAGAAAUGGUGUAAGUGGCCAUUUUCAACUAAAAAUGGAAAAAAAUGUAUGCGUUUUAGCCAUUCAUUUACAUGACAACAGCGUUUUGGGGGCCUGAAAAUGCAAACUUUUGAAAACGGGUUUCAAAGUGUAAGUUUUUUAAAACAAUACCGUUAUUGUUUCCAUGUAAAUGACAAAAACGGGAAUUUGUGAAAACGCUGACCUCAUACACAGGCUUAUUAUGAGUUCAGUCUAUAGGUGUGUAGUGUUUCUUUAGAAAGUGAUAUCGCCAACUACUGGCCUGGCAUGCAAAAUACAGUGUCUUUAGUCGUGUUUGCAGAUCCGUGUGAAUGGAGAUCAUUUUUAAAAAGUUGUCAUCUGUAUGCGGAAAACGCAUACAGAUGACAAAAACGCAAAAAGUUUAUGAAACAAAUUUUUUUGGUAUGUUUUAACAUAAGAAGAAAACAGUGACACUUAAGGCAGCUAACCAUUAAUAGCCAGACUGUGUCAUGUGUCUUCAAAAAACAGAAUAAUUUUCCCCGUCUUGUUGUCAAGGCUCCUAUGGUGCUUGAUGACUAAUGUAUGUAAAUGCACUCAACAGAAAGAUAAAUUACUGGCUCUGUGUUCAUGAGAUGUUUACCUUUCCAAAGAUAGCCGCUUCCUUGAAUCUACACAGACAUAGUCAUACACUCUCUAAUAAUCUUAAACUUGUCAAAGCUGCAUAUCUAAUUAUCUUGGGAGAAAUUAUCUGCACUCGUUUCUUCCACAAGAUGAAUAAAAGUGUAUUGGAAUAUAAUUAAUGUCAUACCCUCCACUUGUUCACAAAUUCCCAUUCCUUCUAAUCAUUCACAUUUUAGCUUUUGUUAUGAAGGGGAGUGGGGAUGAUUUUGAGGUGGAGUUAUUAUGAGUUAUUAUUGAUGCUAUUAUGUAAAGUCUGUCAGGGGAAAACAGCCCUAUUCCUUCAUUUAAAUGGUUUGAAGAACAAGAAUGUUUUUUUGUUUUUUACCCCCACAGGCUCUACACAACCCUGAAGAUAAAUACAGUCAAUUAUAGCAAGUUCAACCAAAGCUUAAUGGUUGUUUUAUUGUCUUAUUGUCUUUGAUAGUUAGAGCUUUUUAAAUGAUUAUCUAUAAUACUCAAAUAAAUGAUAGAUUAUCUUGAUAAGUACAAAAUAUUAAUUUGAUGGCAUGAGAAAGAAUCUCCCUCUAUUAUUUUGAGCUGUCCGUGGUGCUGAAAUGCUUCCAGGUUAGCGGCCAGAAAAAAAUCUCAAUUUUAUACAGAUUCUUUUUAUUGUUAAUCAUUUUCAAAAAGAAAUAUGUUGUGAAUGUUUGGAUGAUUGCAUCAUAAGCAAAUCAAGGCCAAAAGUGUAACAUUUGCUUCACUGCUCUAUCACAAACUGACAUUCUUUUUAGUUUUCAAAAAGUGCAUAUUGUCUUUUUAAUGUUAAUUAGCAUUCCAAUAUUUACAAAGUGUAAAUCUCGGAGAUGCCCAUUAAGAACUGAUUACUUACAUCACCUGGACCAUCAUUCCCUCCAGAAUAAUGAUGUAUUGUAUUCAAAAUACAAUCGUAUAAAGUAUUAUUAUUAUGAUGACAGUGGAUUUGAAGUGCCACUUUUAUGCUAUUUUAAAGGUUCCUAAUUUUGUUUUUAAUGUCUCCGACAAUAGAUUAGUCUCUGACAAUAUUGUGAUCAGUCUACCGCUGACAGCGUGUGUCGGAAAUGAAAUGCCUAUUACCAUAUAUGAAUUUUAGCUCCGGAGGCUUCCUCAACACUUGAUACACAGUGAUACGAACAGUAACGACAAUGCAAGUGCAACAGUGUCUUCUCGACAUGUCAACAACAAGAACCAAACUCUUCCAGGCCUCAGCUACAACUACAGUGUUUGAGGGCAGCGAAUGAGGACCACAGGCUGGCAUUAUGCAAAUUUGUUGCAUUGUUAUAGGUAUAUAACAGGAAGUGAGACUGGAAUUACUGAUGACUCAUUUCACAGGUCAGAAUCGAUUCACUUUAGAGGCACUUUAAAUGAAGCAGGUGAGGUAUUAUAUCUUGCAUUAUUGAUAUAAAGUAUUAUGAGCUUCUAAAUUGUUAUUUGCACAUAUCUUGGUUUCUUCACUUUGACAUCCAGUGCUUAUGGAUUGCAGUUGGUCACAAUUAUGCCUGAAUGUUGUUUGUUGUUUUGUUUGUUUUUUACUUUGUUUAUUAGUUUUUCGCCUUUAUUUGGUAGAUCAGUGGAGAAACAAACAGGGAGAACAGAAGUAGGACAUGACCCAGACUAGGCGCGACCACAGGCUCCACAAGCCCCAACAGUGCUUCAUAUGUCAGGACCAGGCACUACCUUCUGCGCCACAGCUCAAACUAUGAGGUUAUUUGGGGUAAGGGAGACCAGGGAGUGUUGUAACGGCUUUACUAGAACCAAUUAGUAAUUAGACGGAAAUUUUACAUUUCCUUGCACUUUCAAUUAGGAUCCAAAUGCCACAAACCCUGUCAUUAUACCUUUAUGGAAAGCUUAGAGCGUCUCUUACUUAAGUUGAAAAGCAAAAAUUAAGAAAUGCCGAGCACUGAAAGCCCUAUUCUGGCCAAACCCUGGAUUUUUUUUUUUCCAGGCAAUACUGGUAAAGUAGGACACAAAGUGGGAAACUUUUUUUUUCUCUUAAACAAGCAAGACAGCCUGUACUUAAAUAUAGCUUGAGUAUUUAUUGCCAACAUAGGCUUAAAUAAAGGUUUAAAUAUUCACUUUGCCUCUUUGUCGCCACCUCUGUUUGAAACCUGCAAUUGCAGUUAUUUGCGGAAUUAUCAUCUUUACAUGGGUUGUGCAUCAGCAUGGCACCUCAGCGCGGAUGAAUCUAAUGUUUGCUGUCAGUCACCACAUCGGUGUGGAUAAUGUACUUUGGAAUCACAUUCUACAUCUCGGAAGUAUGACCAAAAUAAGAAUUUUCACUGGAAAAUGUCAUCUGAACAAAUCUGCCACUUUUGUUCUGAUCAACUGAGAAAAAAAGCAUUACAAUAAAUCGUGCUACCAAUGGUGAUUAAAUCUAACGAUCGCUUAGCUCAUUUCAUAUCAAACCGUACAAAUUAUUAUUAUUGUUAUACUUUGUUCUCAAAUUGUUAAUGUUAACAACAUCAGCAUUGUGUGACUAUAGGCUAUAUGUGUAUUUGUUGUAUUAGCGUUACCUGUAGAUUUCAAUUUCUGUAGCCACUCCACAGUCUGAAGUCUUUUGCUUUUGCACCGAUGAUUGUCAUUUGGACCUUUCUGGAUUACAAUCCGCAAUCAAAAUGAUUACGUUUAAUUAAUGCAGCUGCUGUGAGAAAAGGCUAUAAAUGAUGUAGCCUACUAGCUGGGACUCCUUCUUUAUGUACUGUAUACAGAUGUGACUUAACGGCUGCAUGCUCGAAUUUCCCGCGGAAACCCACCAGAACCAUUAGAAUUAGAAAACAUUAUUACAAGCUUACGGUUGUGAAUCGGGCUAAGGUAAGGAUAUAGAUUUGACCAUUGACCAUUUAACCAAAAAGAAAGAAAAAAAAAAAAAAGCAGUUUUAAUAUAAAUCAUUUCCUUAUAUUCUACCAUAGCCCCCUUCACUUCUCACUUCUCAGAUUUAAAAAUAUCUUGCUCAUUGUCUUAAUCAUUUCUCCUCGUUUUUUUUUAACAAUAAAUGAUCGUUUACUUUUAUAUUACAUUACAUUAAGAUUUUACCUCAGAUCUCUGUCAUUUUCCUUACCAGUGCCUUUCCCGCCAGUGGCUAUGAAUUGGGCACUGCCACGCCCCUCGAUGUGACAUCAUCAACAUAGAACGCAAAAGCAACUAUUUGCUUUCAAAAGGUACAUUAAUAAUUACUUUUAAACAUUUAAGGAAGCUCGUAUGGCUAUAACAGGAAUGAAGCCUAACUCUCCCACCUAUUUCUACAUUUGCCCAAUUUUACUUGCUUUUGAAUGAAAAAUAAGUCAGAUAGACCUAAUGUAAUUACAUGCUCUCAUCCAAUGCACCCACUGGCUUCUAGAUCUCUCUCUCUCUCUCGGCACGAUGAGCAAGUUGCAACAGGAACUCAACUUCUUAAAGCUCAUCUCGAAGGAACCUGCAUCACAAAGCAGUGCAAUAAUUCAGAGCUGAAGCUCACAGCGACGGAACGGAUAUCUGGAUGUGUUUUACGAUGAGUCCGGAUCUCAUCUACCCUGCCAAGCCUUACGUUAUAAUCUAUCGGACGAGGACGGAUACAAUUUAUGUCAAACAUUGAGAAAAUCGGCACUGCAAAUGGAUUCUCAAAGUCCUGCACUGUAUAUCAGGCAGUUAUGAAGCUCCUUGUAAAGCGUCCAAGUUUAGUACAAUGAGGAAACGCAAGGAUUGUUCUUCCUUUCUGUCUACAAUUUUUACGGUCCAACUGAUCUUUAUGUAACUGUGAUCUAAUUGAAGGCGCCGUGUGCUGUGCUCUUGUGCCGGAUCAGACUUUGCCAGCGAGCAUCAUCCGUAUAAAGCACCUGGAGGACUCAUUCAGCGGCUACAGCAUCACCAAUGGCGUGAUCCUCCGGUUCAUGGUCUUUGCCAUGGAUGAUAAAUCCAACAAACUCCUUUUAGUUCCUGUUUUGACCGUUUUAUUUGUCAUGAUUGGCUAUCAGUACAUCUGUCCAGCGGGUAGCACGUCCUGUCGGUUUGGGAAUGGAGAGAGUUUUCCGUUCUCCAAAUAUCCCUCAGACGUCAACACAGAGUCUCCAGAUCCGGACGAGGACGCUUCGUUUAGAUUCCAGUCCAAAUUCAACUUCACGCGCGACGACCUCGAGCGCCACGUGGAUUUCGACAUCAAGGGGAACGACGUGAUCGUGUUCCUCCACAUCCAAAAGACCGGAGGAACGACGUUCGGGAGACACCUGGUGCGGAACAUCCACCUGGAACGCCCGUGCGACUGCCGCUCCGGCCAGAAAAAAUGCACGUGUCACCGACCCGGGAAAGCGGAGUCGUGGCUCUUCUCGCGCUUCUCCACGGGCUGGAGUUGCGGUUUGCACGCGGACUGGACCGAGCUCACGAACUGUGUCCCUGCUGUGAUGAAUAAAAAGCAAAAGAAAGAUGCGCCACUGAACGGGCGGAACUUCUACUACAUCACGCUGUUGCGGGACCCUGUGUCGCGCUACCUGAGCGAGUGGAAGCAUGUGCAGCGCGGUGCCACAUGGAAGACGGCGCUGCACAUGUGCGACGGGCGUCCGCCCACUCCAGACGAGCUGCCGGCCUGCUACAGCAGUGAGGACUGGACCGGCGUGUCUCUCGAGGAGUUCAUGGCCUGCCCCUCAAACCUGGCCAACAACCGGCAGACUCGCAUGCUGGCCGAUCUCAGCCUGGUGGGCUGCUACAACCUGUCCUCCAUGAGCGAAGAACGGCGCGCCGAACUGCUCCUCAGCAGCGCCAAGCGCAACCUGCGGCGCAUGGCCUUUUUCGGCCUAACUGAGUUCCAACGCAAAACACAGUUCCUUUUUGAGAGGACGUUCGGCUUGCACUUCAUGGCCGCCUUCACUCAGAUUAACGGUACCCGGGCGGCCGGGGUCACGGUGGGGACGUCCACCCGGAGGCGCAUAGAGGAGCUGAACGCACUAGACGUGCAGCUGUACGAGUAUGCAACUGAGCUUUUCUCACGGCGUGUGCAGUACUGCCACCAUCAGGAGCGACAGGAGGAGAGGAAGAGGAAGCGAGAGCAACGCAGGAGAACGAAGCAACAGAAAGCAUCACAGAUUCAACAAGAGGAGGAUGACGAGCGAAAAGAUGCAGAGGAGGAAAUGGAGUUAACUGGGGUGACGGAGGACUACAGCAGUCAGGUGGUGAGCAGGUCUCCUACUCCUCCUCUUGUGUUUGAUGGUCAGUGAAUCCAGGCCCAUUUAAGACCAUCAUAAAGAACUGUACCAGCAAUUGUAAUAUUUUAAUCCAUUCUGAUGAAAUUGGAAACUUGUUUCAUCACAUCACAACAUGGCGGACUUAUGAUUACUGAUUAGAAUAAAUAUGACUAUAAUAGCCACUGAAGUGAUCUAAGAAGCGCAACAACUGAAUGUUGUUUGACUGAAAAGCAUUUUGCAAUACCAAACAGUAACUCUGUUUGUUUUUCUCUUUUGGAAGAUGUUAAAAUAAGGGACAUGUAUACAUACAGUGGACACAUCUCCAAAAGGUCUGACUAGACCAGUUUGUCUACUUGAAUCUUUUUGUGUUUGCCUGUUUUUCUCAGUUUGUAAAGAGUGUGAGAUUGUGAGAUAUUACAAAUGAAAUGAAUAGAAUGAGAAUGUUUGCAUGGUCACAACUAAAUUGAUUUGUUUUACAAGUGUACUUAUUGAGUCAAAUAAAGAAGUAUUAUAUAUCUGAAAAUAAUUAGCA